CGGACACCAGGUCGUUCAUGUUGGAUUCUGCCUCGGUAAACUCCAUUUCAUCCAUACCUUCUCCCGUGUACCAAUGGAGGAAAGCUUUGCGUCUGAACAUGGCCGUGAACUGUUCUGAAAUCCUCUUAAACAGCUCCUGAAUGGCCGUUGAGUUUCCAAUAAACGUGGCCGACAUCUUCAAGCCUCUGGGUGGAAUGUCGCACACAUUUAUUGGAAACUCAACGGCCAUUCAGGAGCUGUUUAAGAGGAUUUCAGAACAGUUCACGGCCAUGUUCAGACGCAAAGCUUUCCUCCAUUGGUACACGGGAGAAGGUAUGGAUGAAAUGGAGUUUACCGAGGCAGAAUCCAACAUGAACGACCUGGUGUCCGAGUAUCAACAGUAUCAGGAAGCGACAGCAGAUGAAGAAGAAUUCGACGAAGAAGAGGGUGAAGUUGAGGUCGAUGGAAACUAGUUUUAU